AGGAGGCGUGGCGCUCCUUUCACAUGACUUGAGAAGCAGGAUAGACGCGCCGCGGACAACUUGGAUCUUCCAAGUAGCAGACGCGCUCAGACAAGACAACAUUUUGUCAGCGGCUCAUUAUCGAGCUACAUUAACUUAAACUUUUAACGUCUCGUGCAGACAAGUUGCUUCCGCCACCGGUUUAAAAAAAAAAAAAAAAGAGGAACAGACGGCGAUGUUUUCCGGCCUUUUUGGUGUGUGGUUUGAUCUGGGGGGGACAUGCGCUGCCAGCGAGGUUCUGUGAUCCUGUUCGGCACCUUGCUGUUCUUCACCUGGAACGCCAUUCUGGUUCUGCUCCUGCGGGCCAGACUUCCAGACCAGGAGGCUCCAAAAGACGACGACAGCAAUGACAUGGUUGACAGAGUGCUGCGUGUGGCGGACAUGUUGGAGAAGGAGCUGCAGAUCCAAAACAAAAUCCUUAUGCAGAUCCAGAACUUUCAGCCUGUGCGGGAGGCGUGGCAGAAAAAGAACCUGAAUCCACCAACGCCUCAUGUUCCCGUCAUCCCCGUCCUGGUGAUGGCCUGCAAUCGGGUUACGGUGCGGCGCUGCCUGGAUAAGCUGAUCCAGUACCGGCCCUCGGCCAAACUCUUCCCCAUCAUCGUGAGUCAGGACUGCGGCCACGCCGACACGGCCGACGUCAUCCGCUCGUACGGAAGCGCCGUCACGCAUCUGAUGCAGCCCGACUUGACCGACGUGGCGGUUCCGCCGGAGCACCGAAAGUUUCAGGGCUACUAUAAGAUCUCCAGACAUUACCGCUGGGCUCUCAAGCAGGUCUUCAGCAAACACUCCGCCGUCAUCAUUGUGGAAGACGACCUGGAGGUGGCGCCAGACUUUUUCGAGUACUUCCGCGCCACGCUGCCACUGCUCCAGUCGGACCCGAGCCUGUGGUGCGUUUCGGCCUGGAACGACAACGGCCGUAAAGUCUUCGUGGACCCUGCGGGGUCUCGUCUUCUCUACCGCACUGACUUCUUCCCGGGCCUUGGCUGGAUGUUGCUUCGAGAGCUCUGGGAGGAGCUGGAGCCCACGUGGCCCGCCGCCUUCUGGGACGACUGGAUGCGCAAACCGGAGCAGCGUCGCGGCCGCGCUUGCAUCCGGCCCGAGAUCUCGCGCACGCUGACGUUCGGGCGGGAGGGUGUGAGCCUGGGCCAGUUCUACGACAAGUACCUGCAAUACAUUAAACUCAACUCGGACUUUGUGCCUUUCACCCAGCUGAAUCUGACUUACUUGAAAGAGGACGUGUACAAGAAGAACUUCCAGAAAGAGGUUUACGAUGCCCCCGCUGUCACUUUUGAGGACGUCCAGCAGGGGGCGCUGGAGGGUAACGGGCCUUUCCGGCUACAGUAUUCCAGCAAGGAAAGCUUCAAAGUGUUUGCCCAAAACCUGGGCAUCAUGAACGAUUUCAAAUCCGGCGUGCCAAGGACCGGCUACAGAGGCGUGGUCAGCAUCUUUUCGAGAGGACGCAGGGUCUACAUUGCUCCGCCUCCAGGAUGGACUCAGUACGAUCCCACUUGGAACUGAAUUUUAUAGAACUAUUUUGGGAGGGGCAUACAAUUACAGAUUUUUUUCUCAAAUGGUGUGGGAUGUUUACCAAAAGGUGGUGUCAAAAUAUUUUUUAACGAGGGGGUCCAGAGUUUUAUUCCUCCUUAUUUGGCUGAUAAGGGAGAAUUAUUCCUGAUGAUUUCACUGACCAGUGUGAGCUGGAACUUCAUUAAAGAAACAUCAUUUGUAGUGAAUGAAUAAUUUUCAAGCCUAUUAAGGGAAAUCUUCUGUAGCACAAUGGUUGGGAAUCACUGGAAGCAUAAUGGCGCCACUCAGGUCAUCUUUUCAUAAUGUUGCCUUUGCUCUAUUCAAUUGUUGUCAUUUUUGGAGAUUGGGUUUGUAGACAAUUUCAAAUGGUUUCGUUCUAAAUUAUUUGUAAAACUCUCAGGGCCUUUUUUGAAUGUCUGAGAUCUAUGUUGGUGGUUUCUGUUAUUCCUAUGGUGGUUCUACUGUGACAAUCAAAUCACUUUGUUGGUCAAAUAUUCCAUGUUUGGGCAUUUUAUAAUAAAGAAAACAAAGUCAAA